AAUUAAUUCACAAUAGGUGAACAAGAAAAAACACGGAUUGGGUCAAAGAAGUGAUCUCAGCCGUUGAUCUGAUCGACUAGAUUUAAGGUUUGAAGUCAACGCAAGUCGUCGCAUGGGACCGCGUCACAGCCGAUUACUUCUCUCUCCAAAAACAUAAAACUGGCGCCUUUGGUCUCCUUCCACUCCCGAGGCAGACAUUUAUGUUCACAAUAUCAUUCCAGUAUCUUUUCUCUCUCUCUCUCUACAAAUUGUUUUUUCGUAAAUUAGCAAGCAGUGACAAUCCGGUUUUCGAAUUUUAAAUUCCGAUUGGGAUAUCGAGAAAUGCUUGAAAAAGUGAGUGACUUCCACUUUUGAUCUUUUCCCUACCGUCGCUGGGGGAGUUGGCUAGGGUUUCCGAUUCCACUACUUUUUCUCUCGUCUUUCUUUGCCGAGCUCUCAUGGCAGGGCGAUCAUGGUUGAUGGAUGGAAACCGAUUUGCAACGAAAAUAAAGAGUGCUUCGGCCAGUUCAAACCCGCAAAAAGUUGCGUGGAAAAGCAAUCCUACAAGGCAUUGCCCGAACUGCCAUCAUGUUAUAGACAACAGUGAUGUCGUUGGUGAUUGGCCAGGAUUGCCUAGAGGUGUGAAAUUCGAUCCAUCUGAUCAGGAGAUCAUAUGGCAUUUGCAAGCAAAAGUUGGUUUACCGGGUUUAAGGCCCCACCCGUUCAUCGAUGAGUUCAUCCCAACGGUUGAUGAAGAUGACGGGAUUUGUUACACGCACCCCAAGAAUUUACCAGGUGUUAAGCAAGAUGGACUCGUGUCCCACUUCUUCCACAGAUCGAUCAAAGCUUAUAACACAGGAACUCGAAAACGGAGAAAGAUUCACGAUGACGAUUUUGGUGAUGUGCGGUGGCAUAAGACAGGUAGAACUAAACCUGUGAUAGUGGAUGGUGUUCAAAAAGGUUGUAAGAAAAUCAUGGUUCUCUAUGGAGGAAAAUCCGGGAAAACUAAUUGGGUCAUGCAUCAAUAUCACUUGGGGACGGAGGAGGAUGAGAAGGACGGGGAAUACGUCGUAUCGAAGAUAUUCUACCAGCAGCAGCAGCAAUCUGUCAAGCAAGUUGGUAAAGCAGAAGCAGAGGUAACUGAGGAUAUCUUUGCAGUGACACCACAAGUGGACCCUGUCACUCCAAAGUUGGUGACUCCCGAGCCACGACAUGCCGAGAGAAACUGCUCUGAUUUUCACUUUUUGACUAAGUCUGUCACUGCUCAUGCACAGACUGCUGAAUCAGGUUAUAUGCGCAAUGAGGUUCUACCUAAUUGUAAAAGAGCCAGUCCUGAGGAUGAACCGGGACCCAAACAUGAAGAAUAUGGAACGAGAGAUGAUAAUGAACCAAGUCCUGAUGAUGAGCCUGAACCCGAACAUGAAGAAUAUCGAACGGGAGAUGAUAACGAGAACGGAGUGAAAGAUAAAGAAGAUGCCGAUCAUGCUGAGGAAGAUCCAAAAUGGUGGGAUAGUGGAUCUCAGAACAUCCUGAACUCACAACAGCUUGUGGAGGCCUUGUCUCUUUGUGAUGAUCUUCUGCAAAGCCAAUCACCAAAGAGAGGAGAGAAUACAGACGAUGAAGGUAAUCAAGGUACAAAGAUCAAACCUCGUCUCUCAGAUUAUGCUCGGUUAGGAACAGAUGACUUCAAACGAGACCUAGAGGAGUGUCAGAACAUCGAUCUUGAUCCUUCAAACAUAGAGCUUGAUACCCCACCCGAGUUCCGUCUGAGCCAGCUGGAAUUCGGAUCUCAGGAAAGUUUUCUUGCUUGGGGCGGCGGAAAGACAAUCGAGUAAUGGAACUUACCUAAACUUGGUAUGAUGCAUCUGACUCUUUUUAACAUUUUGAUCAUGUUUCUGAUGCCAGAAUCUGUAGUGCCUUGUGUAUGGUUUUUUUUGGUGGAUGAUUAAGAGCAGACUGAAACUGUAAAUUCUUUUUGGUUACUGGGAUUAGAAAAAGACAGCAGAUUCUGUCGGAAAGUGUUUCAGAUGUAUAAAAACUUGACUGACACUUGCCCGAGUUUCAGAUUUAGUGGUUAUGCUUCUGUAAGAUUUGCUUUCUCAA